AUGGUCAUAGCACUUUUAGAUGUUGGACCAGGGUGGCCCAAGACACCAAUCGACCGUCGGAGCCAGGGCAGCGGCAAAGGCAAGUCAGAUGGUAGGCGCGGGGCAAGCGAUGCAUUGCUGGAUUUCCGAAGCUUGGAAACUAGGCCACAGCAGGUUGAGAAGAUGGUUCCAGCUCAUCCUUUUAGUUCAUUGACCUCAGCAGCCUUGAUCACCCAGGAGCAGCGCAAGAUUGAGGACAUGAAGAUCAAACGUGAAGAAGUGGCGUCAAGGAAAACCGCACUGCUGGCCAAUCUCACCAAUCAGAUCAAGGCCAUCAUGGCCAAGAUCAGCGAUGCCAGCGUUUCUGAGGCGCAGGAUGCACUGUAA